GUCGGGUCUUCCGAUGCAUUGUAACGGUGAGCGAACACAAACUCUUGAACACAAUGCCUCGACAUCUUCUGUAACGGCGCGGUGACUUUCGGAUGUGUCUUCGGUUGAAUAAAGGAUUGUCAGGAUCCCGAAAACAGAGAUGUAGUCUGUAGUCUGGUCUGUCGGCAGACUCUGAGGUCUCACUAUGCUGCUUUAUCUACUGCUGGUCAUCUCACUAAUAAACGUCAAUGGCCAGAUAGACCCAGUUCACUGUCGUUAUCCUCUUGGUAUGGAGGACGGGAGGAUCAAAAACGAUGACAUCACUGCCUCCAGCCAGUGGUAUGAAACCACAGGCCCUCAGUAUGCAAGGUUAAACCAUGAGGAGGGGGACGGCGCCUGGUGUCCUGCUGGUCAACUGCAACCCUCAGAUGUUCAGUAUCUUCAGCUUGACCUUCGUCAGCUCAUCUUCCUCACUGUGGUUGCUACGCAGGGUCGCUACGCACGCAACUCCGGCAACGAGUUUGCACGGAAAUACCGUCUGGAGUACAGUCGCGAUGGACACCGCUGGAUCUCCUGGAGAAACCGCUUUGGCAGUGAGAUUUUAAUGGCCAAUUUAAACACCUACGACUCUGUGGUGAGAGACCUCCAUCCUCCCAUCAUCACUCGGUUCUUACGUUUGAUUCCCGUUACCGAUGCCGUACACACUGUGUGCAUGAGAGUAGAGCUGUUCGGAUGCGCCUGGCAGGAUGGCCUGACGGCAUACAGCUGUCCUGAGGGCCAGACCAUGAUGGCUCCUGGCUAUCCCAUUACACCUCUCAACGACUCCACGUACGAUGGGGUCCUAGAGCGCAGGAAGCUGUCUGCGGGUCUGGGUCAGCUGACAGAUGGUGUGAUUGGUCAGGAUGACUUUGUACAGAGAAGACAGGACCGGUUGUGGCCCGGAUAUGACUAUGUGGGCUGGAGGAACAACAGCUUGGGCCCUGGAUAUGUAGAGAUGGAGUUCCAGUUUGACAGUCAACGAAACUUCACUUCUAUGAAGGUUCACAGUAAUAACAUGUUCUCUCGGGGUGUGAAGAUCUUCGCAUCCGUAUCCUGUGUGUUUAAGUUGCACCUCAUUUCUGAGUGGGAAGCAAUACCGGUUGAGUUUCACACCGUUUUAGACGACCGGAACCCAAGCGCUCGGUAUGUGACCGUCCCGUUAAAGCACAGAUCGGCUACAGCGCUGCGCUGCCGCUUCUACUUUGCCGACACUUGGAUGAUGUUCAGCGAGAUCUCAUUUCAGUCUGCAACUAAUGUGCUUCCUACCCAGAGGCCCCAAGUCUUGACCCCUCCUUCAUAUGAGCUUAAUAGCAAAGUACCACAAACUACAGAAAAAACAGAGGAACGGACGACAGGAAAACCAUCAAAAACAGACUCUCCUGAAGAGAGCAGUACAUCGAUUCUGAUUGGCUGCCUGGUGACUAUUAUUCUUCUACUAGUGGUGAUCAUCUUUCUGAUUCUGUGGUGCCAGUAUGUGUACAAAGUCCUGGAGAAGGCUCCGAGGCGUAUUUUGAAGGAGGAGGUGACAGUACGUUUGUCUUCUAGCAGUGACACUGUAAUUCUGCAGACUCCUCCGGUGCCCCCGCGCAUCUCCCUCGACCCGCCCUACGAGAGGAUCUUCCUGCUGGACCCCCAGUAUCAGGAUCCCACUGCACUCAGGAACAAACUUCCUGAGCUGUCGCAAAGCGCAGAGGCUUCUGCCUGUAGCGGAGGAUACGCUGAACCUGACGUGACCCUGUGUACCCCACACCAGUGUUUUCAGAGCAGCGUCCCACACUACGCUGAAACAGACAUCAUAAGUCUGCAGGGCGUCACCGGCAGCAACAUGUACGCCGUUCCGGCCCUCACCGUUGAUUCCCUGACACGGAAGGACAUCUCUGUGGCCGAGUUCCCUCGAGAGAGACUGCUGUUCAGAGAGAAACUGGGAGAAGGCCAGUUUGGUGAGGUACAUUUAUGUGAGGCCGAGGGUUUGGCUGAGUUUCUGGGAGAGGGUGCACCGUUACCGGAGCAGGACGGCAGGACGGUGCUCGUAGCAGUUAAACAACUCAGAGCGGAUGCCACCAGCAAUGCCAGAAAUGACUUCCUGAAGGAGAUAAAGAUCAUGUCGCGUCUGAAUAACCCAAAUAUCAUCCAGCUGCUGUGCGUGUGUGUGAGCUCCGACCCGCUCUGCAUGGUGACGGAGUACAUGGAGAACGGAGACCUCAACAUGUUCCUGUCCCAGAGAGAGAUAGAGAGCACUCUCACGCAUGCCAACAACAUUCCAUCUGUCAGCAUUGCUGACAUGUUGCACAUGUCGGUGCAGAUCUCUUCUGGGAUGAAGUACUUGGCUUCUCUGAAUUUUGUGCAUCGUGAUCUGGCCACCCGGAACUGCCUCCUGGACCGCCACCUCACCAUAAAGAUCUCUGAUUUUGGCAUGAGCAGAAACUUGUACAGUAGUGAUUACUAUCGUAUACAGGGGCGCGCUGUGCUGCCUAUACGCUGGAUGGCCUGGGAGAGCAUCUUACUGGGAAAGUUCACCACAGCUAGUGACGUGUGGGCAUUUGGAGUAACCCUGUGGGAGAUCUUCACUUUAUGUAAGGAGCAGCCCUACAGCCUGCUGUCUGAUGAACAGGUCAUCGAGAACACCGGCGAAUUCUUCAGAAACCAGGGGAGACAGAUCUUUCUCUCUGCUCCACCACUUUGUCCAUCCUCUCUGUUUGAGCUGAUGAUGCGUUGCUGGAGUCGUGACAUCGCAGACCGGCCAACUUUUCACAGAUUGUAUCAGGCCCUGCGAACUUUUGCAUCCCACUCAUGACCGAAAACUGCUCUUCUGAAAUAACCUGGAGGAAAACUGUUACACAUGUCUUCUGACUGCUCGCCAGUCGCUGAAGUAGAGCAGGAACAUUAUAGCCACAAUGUAGCGCCAUUAGAGUGAUAGAAAUCCAAUGGAGGAGAGAUCUAGAGAUGAUGAGAUUUCACAAAAGGCAUUCAUUCAUUUAUCCACUCACAUAUUCAUCUCCAUUGGGAUUCAAAGAGCUUUUUUUCCAAUCUGUAGACACUUGAGAUUUUUUUAGACUUGUUGUUCUUUCCCUUUUUUCUUUAUCAUACAUGUUAUUUCUGUGUUUUUUCUCUUUUUCCCAGAAGAACAGUGACUCUUGAGCCUACUGUAUAUUUUAGGCAGAAAGAACCAACUGGACAAAUGUUGUGUUUGUCAAAACUGUGGUUGUGUAUCGUUAAGCACUGCUGUCUUUGGUUUUUAUUUCAUUUUUGUCUAUUUUUGUUCCUUAUUUACCCCCACACUGGAGAUACCGUGUCUUAAGAUAUCAUUUGUUGUUUUGCUCUCUAAAUAUGAAUGUUUUUACAGGUUCUUUGGAUAUAGCCAGGUCAGAGACUUGCUCUGCCUGGAUCUAGCAGAACUACUGUUAUAGUUAGAUUAAAAACCCUUUCAGAGGAGGAAGGAGAGGGUUAUAGAGCCAACAAUGGACUGACGUGCAAUUGAAUGCACUGUUUCUUCCCCCAACUUCUAAGAGGCCACUUUAAAGUCAACAUGAAAUCAGAACAGACCAAUGGACCAAAAUAAUUAUUUUGAAUGAUUCAUCCAUGCAGGUUUCCAAUGAAGACAAAUUUUUGUUUUUGUAGUAUUUCAACAAAAUAUAAUAACUUGGUUCUUGGUUAAUGUUAAAAAACAAGAAGCAUUUCCAUUGUGAUAUGUCAAGAUGUUCUUGGGGUGAGUUUUGCCCCUUAGGCUGCACAUCCAGGUGUCCAAUUAUAGAAUUAAAAUGGGUUGUUAAUGCCAUUUCAUCUUGGCUUUAAAGGAAUAGUUCACCCAAAAAUUAAAAUUUUCAGAGCAUGUAGUCACCCUCAGGAAAUCCAAAAUGUAGAUGAGUUUAUUUCUUCAUCAGAACAGAUUUGGUGAAAUGUAGCAUUCCAUCACUUGCUCACCAAUGAAUCAUCUGCAGUGAAUGGGUGCCAUCAGAAUGAGAGUCCAAACAGCUGAUAAAAACACCACAAUAAUCAACAGAAACAAAGAAAGCAAUAUUAUGGCAGGUGACUCAUAUUUUAGCCUGAAGCAGCAGUUUAAGCUGAAAAACACCUUAAUGAUGGAUUUGUUACAAAUACGCAGCUUUUUGCUUCACUUUAGACAUUAAAUGAUGGAUUGUAGUCGUGGCGUAGUAGCUUGGAUUAUUGUGAUGUUUUUAUCAGCUUUUUGGACUCUCAUUCUGACAGCACCCAUUCACUGCAGAGGAUCCAAUGAUGAGAGAGGGAUGUAGUGCUACAUUUAUUUCAAUCUGUUCUUAUACAGAAACAAUAUGCAUCUGCAUCUUGGAUAGUCUGAGAGUGACUACAUUUUCAGAAAAUUUUCAUUUUUGGGUGAACUACUCUUUUAUUAUCCAGAAUAAAAAAAACAGCCAAACAAGCUGAAUUUCAACUCGGUUGCAAAGGAAAACACUAUACUUACUUGUUAUUGGCAUACAGUUCUACAAUUGCAUUGUUGUUGUAUUUAAAUGAACUAAGUCUGGCUGAGGACAUAGAGGACCAGUAAUAUCAAUAUUCUAGAGAUCUAAUUUAUCUUUGGUCUCUGUAGAAGGCACAUGAUUAUGGGGGAAUAUGUAUGUAAGUUUAAAAUUAUUCAAAGCACAUUUUUCUUUCUUUUAUUCCACUUUAAUGUUUUAUAAAUGUCAUUUAAUGUUUUUAGCAAAAGUUUGUGAAAUGAAUGAGUGUUGCACCAAAAAAAAAAACA